UCUUGACUUAAAGGUCUAUCAUGAAUCGUCCACAAAGGAAACUAUCUGUAAGUGGUCGGCCUUCUUACCAAGGUGGAUCCGGUCAAAGUUCACUCAAACGCUCAAGUGCUGCUACUCCAUUAAUGAGAUCAAGUUUAAAGCGACAACCAUUAUCUGCAGUGAAGGGCAACCAGAGAUCCUCGUAUGUGAACACUGAUCACCAGAUUAUCAAAGACACUCGCCCACUCUCCGAUAAAUCUUACAUGAAAAAAUGUGUUUUUGAUCUUAUUCAUCUUUUAAAUGACUUGCAUUAUCCGACCUCAUUAUCACCAAAAAUGUUAAAUCCACCAACUAAUCGUGAAUAUCAAAGAAUUUUUGAAUUUCUUGCAAUAACUUUGGCGGGGAAUUUCCGAAUAAUUAAACCAGAUGAAGACAUGAUGAGAUUUGUUAAAGCUUGUGGAUACCCGUAUUCUUUGUCCAAAAGUACGUUGAACAAUGUGGGACCAAUGAGCUCGUGGCCUCAUGCACUUGGUGUACUGAUGUGGCUUGCAAACCAAAUUAAGAUUGCACCAGAUUUAUGGACUGAAGAAGAAAUGUUAGAACCCAAGCAACAUGUGCAACAGCAAUUUUUCCAUUCUGUUUAUAAUGAGUUUAUGUCUGGAAAUGACGGACCAUUUACUGAAACCGAGAAUGAAGCCAGAAGAAUGCUGGGAGAAAUAAAUAAGGAUACUUUAAGUGAAGUUCAAUCUCUUGAAACAAAAUUUGAGAAUCUGAGUGCAACUGCUUUGAAGAAUGAAGAAGAAAAAGCGUCAAACAUCAAACUUUUUGAACAAAUAUCUACAAAAAGACAAAACAUUGAAAAGAUGGAAAAAUAUUUUGAUGACAUCGACAAAUAUAACUCGGAUAAGCAGGCUCGAACUUUAGAGUUUAACGAACUGACUGCUAGCAAGGAUGAAGAAGGAAAUGAUUUAAGACUUAAAAUAUUGGAUCUUGAAACAGAAGUGGCGGGGCAGGAGAUGAGCAAAGACGAUGUUUAUCAACAUAAAGUGAAGAAUGAACAACUUAAAGGAUCUGUGAUAUCAACUGCUGAACGAAUUGAAACUUUAAAGAAAACCGGUUGGGAAUUGGAGAUAGAAACAGCAAAGGCUUUGACUGCUAUGAAUGAUCGCGUCAAUGUUCAAAACAAUUCAAUGCAAAAGUUGUGGUCAGCAGUCGCAAGAAGGUUGGAAUUAAAUGAAGCCGUGAAACCUCCAGCUUUAUUAUCGGGAGCACUUGGAUUUGAAGGGAACAGAAGCAAACAAAUUGAUUCUGUACAACCUUUUAUGAUGGAUUUAAAUGAACGUUUGUUAGCUCACCAACGUAAACUAAACCAAGAGCUUAAUGAUGCCACAAAUCGUAGAUUGCAGGAACGAGAAAUGAUACAAGACGUUCAAAAGUCGAUUAAUAUUCUUGAAACUGCAGCUGAUCAAGUUCAUGCUGAGAUCCAAAAUUUCGAGGAGGAGAGAACAAAGAAAGUGGGAACAUUAAGGAGUGAAACGGAUAAAGAAAAAACAAAAAAAUGUCAGUUUAUUGCAAUGAACACUGAAUCUGUGGAGGAACUUGAAAAACAAGUUGAAUUGCUUCAGAAUGAAAACUUGAAGCAAGGAAAAAGUUUUAGCAAACAAAAGGAAGAUGCUAUAACUGAAAUUAAAGAGUUGGUCGCACAAUUGAAGGAAUUUAAGAUAAAAUGCAACGAGGAGAUUGAAAAGUUUUAUGAAAAUAUCAUUCAACAAAAUAAGAACUUCGCCGACAACAUGAAUGAAGUCGCCAGGAGUCUUCCUACCGUUGAUUGAACUUUUUUGCUUUCUUUUUAAUUUCAUUUCAUUCUGUUUCCAUCUAAUUGUACAUAGUAUUUUCUAUCAGUCUCUCUGGUAAAAGAAAAAAUGUUGUACAAUAAAGGUAGAAUAUUGUUUUCCAUUUGUGUAAGUGCUUUUUAGCUUUCAAACUUAUACUGAGUUUAUAUAUUUUUUAAAACAUUUCCUAAAUAUUCCCAUGUUUUUAAUACUUGAGCCGUAAGUUUAAGUUUUAGGUAAACUUAUAAAAAUAUUUUUCCGAACCAAGUUUAGUUGCAGUAUCAAUUUUUUGCUAAAAAAUUAUAUUAAUCUCGUACCGCAAAGUUAGUGUGUGAAGAAGUUUUUAACUGAUCAACU